ACAUGCAUACUAGCAACAGUCACAAUGGAGCUUGAGGUAAUCGUUGCAGGCAAAAACGCUUCUGUCACUCAUCACGGUGAAUGGUUGGCGGGUGUUAGCUUCCAGCAGGGUGGGUUAGGAUAGCUGAAAUAUCACGGUCUCGCCAAGCAGUCCACUUGACACUUGUUCCGCACGAGGCUGACCUAGUUCUCGUUGCGCUGACAUGGAACGCCCUAAGAAUAACUCUGAUACACGAUCCUCAGAAACAUCACAUGCUUUAUCUCAUCACGUUUCAUGUCGCUCAGGCCUCCGUAACUAGUACCUGCUACAGUCCGUCACCCGUUAAACACAUUUACUCCAAAAGAAGAUGUUCCUACAUACGUCAACAACCUUGCAUGGCUAUGUACCACCUACGGGUGAUGUACUGCGGGUGGGUGCCCUUGUCAGCUACGGUGAUGACCGACAUGCUGCCGCGUGGUGUGUUUUAAAACAGGUUCCCAGUCAAAUGGACAAGACCUGUACUAGACCGUGAUCGUGGCAGGCGGGCAGGUAUCCACCGUUUGGAGAUGUUGACGUUAUCGGCACUUGAAUGGGCUGCUGGCUGGACCAAUGACGUCGCGGCGGCCACGCAGCGUGAGCUUGAUUCAAUCAUGGAUCAAGACGUGCAGGAGAAAAAGCGCAAGAAGACGUCAGGAGGAGGUUACGAUGUCUGCUUCUUCUUCGUGAACGAAGAAUCUGACAUAACCGUGUGCGUGGAGGAGACGUCGUUCCUCGUGCACCGCCGGGUGUUGGAGGAGUCCUCCGACUACUUCCGAGCGAUGUUCGAGUGCGACAUGAUGGAGAGCAGGCAGAGCGAGGUGCAGCUGCACGACUUCCGCGCAGAAAUCUUCGAGACUGUCUUAGACUUUCUGUACACGUCGGAAUUCUGUCUGGACUAUGGGAAUCUGGAGGAAGUCCUGGAGAUGGCCAAUUUCCUACAGGUGUUGCCCCUCCUGGACCACAUAGCUGGCCUGGUGGAUGAGAAGAACUGUGUGACUCUGUUCAUCAUGGCGGACAAAUACAGCAUCAGCAAGGUUACAGACGUUACCGGGAAGAUCCUGAGUGACAACUAUCACAGAUAUCUGCAGUCCAAGGAACUCAGCAGACUAACCAAGGAGCAGCGUGAACGUGUACGACAAAAGCGCUAUCACCACAAGCCUGUCGUCGCCGCCGUUAACGCACACUACGUUCACUAUCCCGAACCUGGACUGCGACAGUUUCACUCGUACGACGACAAGAAUGACGCCUGGUCUCGGUUCACGCGUCUGCCCAACACGGCCAGCAGACGAGGGUUCGGUGUGGCGGUGUUGGACAACUACCUGUUUGUUGUCGGUGGCCACGCAAAGCCCAGAGACUACCCAAGGCAGUUCCACUCGACAGGAACAAAACUAGGCGCUCUACAGAAUCAGACCGUGUGCUACAACACCCUAACAGACACCUGGUUCAACACUGCGCCCAUCCAGCAAGCCCGCGCCUACUUCGGGCUGGUGCCCUGCGGAGACUUCAUCUACGCCAUUGCAGGUUUUCAGUACGACGACCCCAUCCACUCCGUGGAGCGGUACGAUCCUAGGGACAACAGUUGGGUGUUCGUGCGAGACGUCCCGGAGGGGAGGACGUGUUAUGAGCCUGCCGUGACCUGCAUGGGAGACAUCUACGUCAACUGUGAGAUAAAGGACAGCGACACGUUUUGGCUGCACAAAUACAGCCCUGCAAGCAACACGUGGACCGCCAUAUCCGAACUGCCGACCAACCGCUGGCGACACUGCAUGGCCGCGGUCCAGGACACAGUGUACAUCCUGGGUGCCUACCAGCCAGGCGUGGACUGUUUCAACGUCAGCUCGCAGCAGUGGUUCAGAGUCAGAAUCCCCAGAGACCUGAAAAUCCCAUACGACAGAGGCUGCGCGUCUUUAGGAGAUGAUGUGUACGUCUUGGAUUGUGAGGAGACGCUGUGCCAUAACGUCAAGACGAGGAAGUGGACGGACCAACUGUGCCAGUUCCCCCUCGGCGGGUUUGGCAUCAAAGCCGUGACGUUGUACCUUCCGGAACGUAAGGCGAGGGAUGAUGGCGGGGACUCGGAGUCGGACUGAAGUUAACAAGCCAUGUGUCACACUGAACUUAAAGCUUAGGUCACAAUUUGAACAAAGGGCCCUGCCGGGCAGUUCACAUGCUGUUUUUUUUGUUGUACUUUCGGGCUGUGACCCCUACCUGGGCCCGUGAGACACCUUGCGGCUCCCGGGCUAUUUUUGUGCCCGGUCGGGCACCGGGUUGAAUUUAAGUCAGACUUAAAACGAAUCCAGGGUCAGGUAACAAAUAGACGCCGUGACCUACCCGUGAGGACCACCGAGGAGUCCCCCCGGUAUCCGGCAGUCCACCCGGACAAAUUUGUGGCUUCGGAGCCCGGCCGGGGCCACAUCCCUGACGGGCACCGGUGUAAUUGGGACCUAAGCCUAACGCGGGACAUGGAACACCUUACGACAUGUCCUUGACACCGACUCAAACGGAUUCACAUUUCUGAGAACAACGGUUCAGUUUUCUCUACUCUCAUCGAAAUCAGUAAAACAUACAUUGUACCUCAAGUCAACCGCUCAAAUUUUAGCUCUAUCUGGUACAAAGAUACGGGGAACACAAUAGCGUAAAUGGUUCAUUAGGUUUGCAUAGAAAUAAAGAAAGGAAUAAACCAUUUUUUUGUAUCAAGAACAAAUGAAGGUUAAAAAGAUAUCAGGUAUGAUUUACCAGAAAAUAGACAUCCAGGCAGGUAACUUACAUAUGUACGUUGCUGCAUAGGUCAAAGUGACAUAAAGCAUGGUAUUAACGUAAGGGCUAACGCGUAAAAGACACAGAGUGUCUACUUACGAAGCUGUACACGGAAUAUGUGAUAUUCGUUAAAAGCCUUCAUUUGCAACCACCAAUUUUGUAUAUAGAAUUUGAAUAAAGAAAUUGUCUUGUCA